AGACGGACCAUGAUGCUUUUUACUCAAAUCCUUUGUACACAGAGUUGCGUUGACACAGCACGCGUUUCUGUGUCAGCAUCGUGUCUGAGCUUCAGGAGCAUAAACAUUCAAUUGGAGAAAAAAAUAACGCAAGGAGAGACACAGACACCAAAGCUGUGUCCCCACAGGAGCGAGCAAUGUCAAGUUUAAAGAAAAGAAAUUCGAAUUCGUCAGCCGACCGGGAUGUGGAAGACAAGGAGGUUACGGAGAAGAUGCUCUCUCCGGUCGGAGGGGAGAAUGGAAACUCGAGCCGAAUGGGAAGCCCGGACAAGGUGUCCGUACCCGGGGAAGAGAAGGUUGUCCUAGAAAGAACCAUUACCCUGGUGAAUGGCGUAGCUAUCAUAGUGGGUACCAUCAUCGGCUCGGGUAUCUUUGUGACCCCGACUGGAGUGGUGAAGGAAGCCGGGUCCGUCGGACUGUCCCUUGUCGUUUGGGCAGUGUGUGGAGUGUUCUCAACCAUAGGUGCCCUGUGUUAUGCUGAGCUGGGCACCACUAUUUCCAAAUCAGGUGGAGACUAUGCUUACAUCCUUGAAGUGUAUGGUUCCCUGCCGGCUUUCCUGAAACUGUGGAUCGAGUUGCUCAUCAUCCGGCCGUCAUCGCAGUACAUUGUCGCUUACGUCUUCGCUACCUACCUCCUCAAACCAAUAUUCCCUGACUGCCCAGUACCCGAGAAUGGGGCGAAGCUGAUAGCCUGUCUUUGCAUCUUGCUGUUGACUGCUAUAAACUGCUACAGUGUGAAGGCAGCCACGCGGGUCCAGGAUGCCUUUGCAGCUGCCAAGCUCCUUGCCUUGGGCCUCAUCAUCAUUAUCGGUUUUGUGGAGAUUGGCAAAGGUGACACAGUCGACCUCCUACCAGAAAAUUCUUUCAAGAAUUCUAAUUACGACUUUGGGAAUAUUGGUCUGGCCCUGUACAGUGGUCUGUUUGCCUAUGGGGGCUGGAAUUACUUGAACUUUGUUACAGAAGAAAUGAUUGAACCUUACAAGAACCUGCCUCGUGCCAUCAUCAUCUCCCUGCCCAUCGUCACUGUGGUGUACGUACUGACUAACCUGGCCUACUUCACCACUCUGAGUCCAGACGAGAUGCUCAACUCUGAGGCUGUGGCUGUGGACUUUGGAAACUACCACCUGGGUCCCAUGGCUUGGAUCAUCCCUGUGUUUGUGGGACUGUCCUGUUUCGGCUCUGUCAAUGGCUCUCUCUUUACAUCAUCCAGGUUGUUCUUUGUGGGCUCAAGAGAAGGCCACCUCCCCAGUCUGCUGUCCAUGAUCCACCCCGACCUGCUGACCCCUCUGCCGUCACUCAUCUUCACAUGCCUCAUGACGCUGCUGUACGCCUUCUCCAACGACAUCUUCUCUGUCAUCAACUUCUUCAGUUUCUUCAACUGGCUCUGUAUUGCCAUGGCGAUAAUCGGCAUGAUGUGGCUGCGCUACAAGAAACCUGAGCUGGAACGACCAAUCAAGGUGAAUAUCCUGCUGCCUAUCAGCUUUGUCCUGGCUUGUAUGUUCCUUAUCGUGGUGUCCAUCUGGAAAACACCUGUGGAGUGUGCCAUUGGCUUUGGCAUCAUUGCCACGGGAGUGCCAGUCUACUACAUUGGCGUUUGGUGGCAAAACAAGCCCAAAUGGCUCCUUCAGUUUAUCUUCUCUUCCACGGCGCUGUGCCAGAAGCUGAUUGGGGUGGUACCACAGGAAUCCUGAAGAGGAGCUAAAGCGACGAAGCCCCUUGACACACAACCCCAGUGACCACUUAUCUACUCCUACCCCCUCGAGGCCCCUACCCCUGCUCCCAGUGUACACCCUCACUCAGCCCCCAUCAAUGUGUUUAGGUCCAAUCAUUCCUUCUGAUCUCCUAGUGUUCUAGUGCAGGAGAGCCAUGCUGCUAGACUGGUGUACCCAUCAGAGCCCCCAUCCCAGGCAGGUGCCCAGGCCCAGGCACGGUCCCCCUCCACCCUGCGCAUAGGUGUUGGGAUAGCUUCAGACAGGUUUUCACUGCAAACGUUGUUUCAGUCUUCAAGAUUUUGUUGAUUUUGUAUUUUUGAAUGUCUUUGUACUCUAUUAUUCAACCACGGUUCACAAGUGUUGUAUUUAUAAGGAUUAUGUUACUUCUGUUUGCAGAGAAAUGUCCUCUUGUUCAAACAAUUAUUUCAAUGAGGGUUUGGCGUUUGUGUGUUCAUGUAGUUGCAAUCUGUGCUUUCAGUCAGUUGUGAUAGACAUUUGUAGCCUGGCUUGAUGCAAAUUCCUGGUAGGCCAAAGCUAGAAUUGUUGUUCAGAUUUCCAAGGUAGACUCACUGUUUCACAGUAGUUCUGCCAUUACCCAGUUAGUGAGUCAACUGCUUCCCAGAAGGGCAUCAUGUCUGUCUGUUGCCAUGGCUUCUUCUAUUUCAGCAGCUUACAGGCUGUUGAAUGCAUACAUUAUGUGUUGUGGUCUGGGUGUUUGUUUGUUUUUCUGUAUGCUUUUAUGUUUUCAGCCUUUUUGGGGAAAGGUUUCAUGUAUCUGUAAAGGAAAGCCAAAUAUACAUGAAGGACCCACACAAUAACAUUUGCUUAUGCUAGUGCCUCUGAUAAAGCCAAGGCUAUUCAGUUCCCUGACUACAGACACACUUGAACUCAUCUGACCCCAGAGAAGCUGAAGACAGAGAGUAGACAGGGCAAAAUGCACGUGUAACAGUGAUUGGAGCGUCAGUGUUAUAAUUCUUAUAUGAUAGCACUGGCUCACUGCACCUUGUGCACCAUGUUGGAAAUCCCUGCUUUGGCCGUUAUUUUUUAAAUCUUUGUAGAUAUGAAUUUCUACUUUCAUGAGGUAGAUGCAGGGGAGCUUUUUUUAAUGCUGUCAAUUCACUUUUUUGUAAAUCCAAGGAAGUCUUAGUUUCCUGUGAGAUUUCUGGUUCUCAAAUAGUCCAUUCGUGGGACGUAAUUAUUAUAAUUAUAGUUAUUUUUACAACUAUUCCGAGUAUACAAAUUACAGAGACUUUUUUGCUUGUGUGUAGAUUUGUCAUUAAAUCACCAGUAGCCUUCCUACUGUACCAUGUCUUACCACAGUGGACCUACAGUAUCACAUGAAUAUAAUAUAGCUGGUAGUAAAUCUUAAAAAUACAACAUCAUGGUUUUUGAAUACUGAUGUAAUACAAGCUUGUGAACAUUAUAGUUGCCUGCUUGAGCUCAAUCCAGAAUGCAUGCAUAACUAGCAAGGACUUAAUUUGUUCUUAGAUUACAAUGAUCUUGUGGGUAUCAUCAGAUGUACAUGGGUAUUGUUGCUAUAAACUACUGUUAUGUCAGAGUUUUAAAACAGCACAGGUUGUAAUAAAGGCCCCCAUUAGGAGCACUGACGUCACAGUGACUACUUUUUACCUGCGACAAGGCUGGCAAAUAACCUCAGAAUGUUGGGUUAGAAUGGGCUAUUGUUGGGCGUUUUGCGUGAGUGUGUAUAUUUCUAAGAAUAGGGUCAUAGCUGUAAAGAUUAUUUAAUUGUUUAGUGUUUCUGUUCUUGUGUGUGUCUGGGUAUCCUACAUUAGUCUACUGUACGUUGUCACUACUGUCAUUAACUAUCAUAGAAGGAUUUAAGGGUGAUGGUGAGAUUUGUGCGGUAAAGGUUUAAUGAGGUAUGGACCAGGGUAGUUGGAGAUGGGAGGUUUCCCAGUCAAAAAGGGGGUAGGCAGGCAGGGCAUAGCAGAGUAAAGGUUAAAACCACAGUCUUUGGAUACAGAUGCCUCAGAGGGUGGGACAGGGGAGACGUAGGACUGGAGGUGGAAGGUUGACGAGAUUAUUAAUUCAUUGUUAUUAUUUUUUGCUGAAGAAAACUGUGUAGCGUACUGUAUUAACAAAAAUCAUCCUGCAGAAGCUUGUCCAGACCUGUUUUAUUUGAAUGUGUUCCUCCACGUUGUAGAGUGGUAAAGCUUGGUAAAGCCUUUGACAUGUGUUGUGCUAUAGACCACGUGGUCACUGUGGUAACCGUAUAGCUCAUGAGUCUGCUCUCCCAUCCAGUUUCCUGGAGGAUGUGUCAUUGUAUGUAGAACAGCAGAAUAGCUUGCUAACACUCCAGACAUCAGAAGAUGUCGACUAAUUUAAAUAGUACUGUAGAAGGUUUUUUAUUUAUUGUAGGAACUGUUAGUCCCCAAAUUUUUUACAGGGCAUUUGUGAAAGUGCUUUAUGAAUAAAUCUUGUUUUUUUUCCAUACAUCUAUGUAUUGUCCAUGUUUUUGGUCUCCUUUUAUUCUGUGUUCAUCUCAUGUUAAUAAAAUAUGUUUCAAUGCAA